AUGCAUAAUUAUAGCUUUACACAAGAUUAUAAUGAUAACUCUUAUUUAGAUUGGAAUGAUCAGAAUUAUAAUUGUUUUGAUCAUUAUCUUAAUCCUGUAAUUGAUAAUCAAGUUUUAAUUAAGGUUGAAGAAAAUGAUGUUGAUAAUAAAGAGCAACUAAGUAUUCAAAAUUAAACGAAGCAAUAAAAGAAAAAGUAAUAACUUAAUUUCUCAAAAAGAAAAACUAUAAAGUUGAAAAACCAUAAACAAAUUUAAUAAACUAUUAUAAAAAGAAGUAUCAAUAAAUAUUAUACAGAACCAUCAAAUUGUCUAUUUCGAAAAGCAACUAAAGAUCCAAAUAAUCAUUUAUAAACAAAUAUGGAACUAUCUUCAAAAAUAACAUCAUUAAAUUCAAUAAAAUGGAAAUUUGAUUUUAUUGCAACUUUAAUAAAAUAAACAACAUUAGAAAUGAUUUAGCUUCAACAGUAUAGAAAUGAUAAAUAAUUAUUGUGA